AUGCUCGAGCAGGAGUCUUAUGCUUGUGGCGUCGUCAAUGGAGAACUGCGGAAAAUCGCGAGACUUCGUGGUCAGGAGGCUCACGGCAUUAUGGAGUGCAUCUGCUCUAUGGCCGUUGGAAGCGCCCACCUAGGUCGGCACGACCACUGGCACAUGCACAUGAAGGGACUGAAGCAGAUUCUUGAAAUUACUGGUGGCAUAGACAAAGAAUGGACCUAUGUAAUGAACAAAGUGCGACGAGCCAAUGUGAAGGCCGCGGCCGCAUUAGCCACCAUACCGUACCUCGAGUAUGAGAGGAUAUACGGCAACAUAUCAGACUCUCUUCCGAGGACAACGCGCGCACGCCUCUCCAAGGCUGUCAAGGGGAUCCUGGCUUUCUGCAAUGUGCAGGAGGUCAUAUGCGAAUCCUUUGCCAGUCUCGUUCUUUUCAGUCAUGCCGUCUCAAAAGCCCUGGCCGCCAAGAAGCGCACCAUUCUCUAUGACCCGGAGGUUUUUAUCGAAGAGUGGCUAUGGGUCAUGUAUCAGCUCAUCCGCUUCCCAGGUGUGCUACGUGACGAGAGCACACAGAUCCCAAGCAUUGAGCUUGAUCUCAACCUGGGCGAGCGUCGCUACAAGGAGCCCUUAGUUAGAGGGUCACGAUACUGUGCGCCGGGCAAGCUCGUGCCCGCUCACGCGGACAACAUCCUCGAGCCGGCGUUGCGUCUCGCUGGCUUGCUCUAUGUUGAUGCGCUCGUCCCUGACGAGCCAAGGACACUAAACGGGUAUGCGGUACUUCUGGGGCUUCUCACGACGGCCAUUGAUACCAUACUCAAGCGCCUGGCGGCCCGAGGGUGGGAAUGUGAAGAUGAUGCCGCCUUCGACGAUGGACUCCCAGCCAUGGCGGUUAUGAAGCCAGUCUUGAUAUGGAUUGGCCUGACAGGCCCCGAGGCUCACUGGAAAGUCAUGGCCAACCGUGAUGCGGGAGACAUGUCGUCCACACACCCCUAUUACCCCCUGGGUAUCCUCAUUCCCCACUACGCCGCGAACGAGACGCCUCUCCCUCAAGUCCUAGUCCCCUUUGUCGCCGUCCUGCUUCUGCCUAUACCGAUCGCUUUUGUGAUUUCGCGACUGAUCAAGCCUUCCCUCGGAGGCCUCGACCGCUUCGCCGUGUGCUGGUUUGCCCUCGGCGCGUUUUUGCACUGCUGCUUUGAAGGCUACUUUGUCUGGAACCAUGCGACGUUGGCAGGUCUCCAGUCGCUCUUCGCCCAGGCGUGGAAGGAAUACGCCCUCUCCGACUCACGCUACCUGACGUCCGACCCGUUUAUGGUUUGCGUCGAGGCUCUCACCGUUAUCAUCUGGGGCCCCAUCUCCCUCUCCGUCACAUUCGCCAUUCCCUCGGGCAGCCGCCUCCGCCACCCGCUGCAGCUCGUCAUAUGCGUGGGCCACCUGUACGGCGUGGCGCUGUACUACGCCACGAGCCUCGCGGAGCGGGCCCUCGUCGGGACGAUGCACAGCCGGCCGGAGGUGCUGUAUUUCUGGGUCUACUAUGUCGGGUUCAAUGCGCCUUGGGUUGUUGUGCCGCUCAUCCUCCUCGUACAAAGCCUCAGAGCUAUGAGCAGGGCGUUCCAGGCAUUGGAGGAGAAGGAGACGGCCGAGGCUGCGCUCGCGAGCCGCCGAAAAGGCGAUGCUGCCGUCUCGGAGGGGAAGAAGACUCGGUGA